CCUGCAUCAGCAUGCAGUUUGACUUCUAUUUAGGUGCAUCCAAGGAACACUUUAUCAGCUGAGGGACUAACUUCUAUAACAACACACAAUCUGGAUAUACUAUGGAGACAAUACACUUCGUUUUUUUCCUGAUGAUGUGUUUGGGAGUCCACAGGUCAUCUUCAGAAAUUUUGAAUCGGCAAAAAAGAAACUGGAUCAUUGAUUCUUACAGUAUUGAUGAAGACUACAAAGGAGAGUUCCCAUACAUACUGGGCAAAAUUGCAGUUGAAAAGAAAUUGACCUUUUUCAAAAUCCAUGGCCAAGGUGUGGAUGAGGAACCGAAAGGCAUAUUUCAAAUAGAUGAAAACACAGGGGUAAUCCGUGUCUACGGCCCCGUCGACUAUGAGAGAUAUCGAGUUUUGAAGCUAACGUUUCAGGCACUUGAUAGAGAAAAGCAUGUAAUAGACACACGGCUUGGUGUUGAGAUAUUGAUCAAUGAUGCAAAUGACAACCCUCCAAAGUUUGGCCAUGACGUCUACCAGAUCAGCAUACCAGAGGCAACAUCACAAGGCACUAUACUGACUACCGUUAUGGCGAAGGAUGAUGACAGUGAGGAGGACAACAGAUUAUUUGAUUUAAAUAUAAUCUCAGUCACUCCACAGCCAUCUGAUCUCGAGUUCUACUUAACACAGAACUUUCAAAUUGGAGCCAUUUCAUUUAAAGGGUGUCUGGACCAUGAGAAAGCAGAGAAAUACACCAUUAUAGUGGAGGCCAAAGACCAUGGGAAAAAAAAACAGCUCUCCAGCUCCUGCACCGUCAUAAUCAACAUAGCAGAUGGAAAUAACCACAUUCCUCAAAUCAUUGGACAAACAGGUCCAGGGAGAGUGAAAGAAGGACAGACAGGUGUUCUUGUUUUACGUCUGCAAGUUACAGACGCAGACAGCAAAGGUACACCGGCCUGGAGAGCCAAAUAUAAAAUCCUAGGAGACCAAGACGACAACUUUAAUAUCACUACUGAUCCUGAAACAAAUGAGGGACUACUCUACGUGAAAAAGCAUCUGAACUAUGAAGACAGCUCUCUGAGGACCUUGACUAUCAGUGUGGAGAAUGAGAUCCCCUAUCAUACAUGCAAAGUGGUGAGUCGCAGCAGUAGUCUUUGGAAAGUAGAAACUAUUGGUGGUGAGACUGUGACAGAGACAACACGGUUGUCCACCCGCCAAGUGACAGUGACUGUGGAGGAUGUCAAUGAGGCUCCAAUCUUCAAACCACCUAACAAAAUGGUUUCGGUGGCCGAGAAUGGCGAUGUGGGCCAGUAUCUGUGGACAUUCACAGCGAAAGACCCUGACACCACCAACACAGUUGUAUACAGAAAAGGAGAUGAUCCAGCUGGUUGGAUUACAGUGGACACCAAGACUGGAAAAAUAACCACAACGAAGAUCAUAGACCGAGAGUCAUCCUUUGUGAAAAACAAUAUCUAUACAGUCACAAUAUUGGCUGUUGACAAUGGUCAACCUCUGAUGACAGGCACUGCAACCCUGACCAUCUGUGUCUCUGAUAAGAAUGACAAUGCUCCAUUCCUGCCUGUAGGCACAAUCGACAUGUGCCAAUCUGAUGGACUCUCUCUGGCCAACAUCACAGCCAUGGACCUAGAUGAACACCCCUAUAGUGGACCUUUCACCUUCAAGCUCCAGGGAAAUGAGAAGGGGUAUUGGAAGCUUGACCCUACACGAGGGUAUUCAGUCAACUUGGUGAAAGAGAACACAGUUCAUUCUGGACAUUAUGAGCUGUUGCUGGAAAUGUCCGACCUUCAGGGCAACACAGCCGUACACAACCUGUCGGUUACUGUGUGUAACUGCAUGGAUCCAGCGAGGCCUAACUGUCGUGUUCGCAAAGCUGCUGGCUCCACAUUCGGAGGAGGAGCAGUUGGGAUCCUUUUUUUAGGCAUUCUACUGCUUGCAGGUGUGCUACUUUUGGUUUUUCUGAUGUCAUGUAAGAGAGAGAAAAUACCGAUCCCAGAUGGCGAUUCAGGACAACAUCUGAUGAACAGUAACACUGAGGAAAAGGGAACUGACUGCAAAGUGGCUUUUGAGCCAUUAAACAAUUACAUUCAGAAUGAGAAACAAACCCAAGUAAUGUCUCAACUUCCAGCUAUGAAUCAAAUUGGCUCAACAAAGCAGCAAAACUUUUCACGUGGGAACUCAAUGCGCUGGAGUGGCUCAACAAAGCAGCAAAACUUUUCACGUGGGAACUCAAUGCGCUGGAGUGGCUCAACAAAGCAGCGAAACUUUUCACGUGGGAACUCAAUGCGCUGGAGUGGCUCAACAAAGCAGCAAAACUUUUCACGUGGGAACUCAAUGCGCUGGAGUGGCUCAACAAAGCAGCAAAACUUUUCACGUGGGAACUCAAUGCGCUGGUCAAUGGGUGCAUCAUCAGCGAUGGGAAUGAGACAUGAGCACAGAAAUUCUAUGCGUGGGACUUGGGCUGGACACAGUAGAUAUUUUGGAGAUCUAGAGAAUGCUGUGCAACGUACAGUUCUUCUCAACGCAUUAAAUAAGAUGCUGUCUGCCCAGCAGGCACCAGGAGAGGAGUUGGGUGAUUAUGCUCCUCAUGUGUAUGCUGAGGAAGGAGACACAAAAACCAACUCUGAGUUUGACGCCAUUUCCAUCUCUGACACUCCCUUUGACGUAGACUUGGACCUGGAUCACAAGUUCACUACCCUGGCCACAGUCUGCAUGCCAACUGAAAGCACUGCCUUCAGAACAACAACACAUGGGACAGCGACUCUGCUCCAAAAAGAACACUCUGCCGUUAUUAAUCGUAAUUUAUAAAUGUUACCUGGAUACGCAACAAGGUGAUUUAGAGCUUAAUUGUUCUGGUGCCUCACAGCAAGUUAUGCUACAUGUAGCCAUGCUUGAAGGAUUUUUUAUAGACUCUGUAUCCAUCAGUGCUGUCAGGGAGACAAAUGACUGUGUCUGAGAAAAUAUCACAAUUAGUACUUCGUUAGCAUCAGGCACACAUUAUCACACUUUAGAGGUAUUAAUAGUUUCCACUAUUCAUAAGUCGUGUUACACAAACCUGCAGAGGCUCUACUUUGUCACAGAUGUAACACUGACGAAGAAAAACCGUUGCAUUCAUUUUGAAGUUGGCCAGUGGUACACUCAGUUUGGUCAAAUAUGUUUUUUUUUUCUACUGGAUACAGCUGGACUAUCAUUCUUGACUUUAUUUUGGGUGUUUAAAGGACAUGUUUACCUUUUCUUAUCUUGUGCAAGCAGUGUUGAUGGUGGCCAGGGAAUUAGCUAAAACACUUAACGCUUCAAGGAGCUGUACGCAACAUUCAGAGCAUUAAAGGGGAACACCACCUA